GGCCCACGAUUUACUGCUGUAAGAUGUAAUGCGUGUCGAAAGCCGUUGUCUUCAACGGUAUUCAUCCUUGCGUGCAACUGCCUGAUUUGCGAAGGUAAGCACUCGCAAAAAAAUAUAUCUCGUUGGCACGCUUCGCUUUGGAUCGUUCCCGUUUCCUAACUAGUAAACCAUCGCGUUGCUACAUUGUGGAAACCACAAAUGGCCCAAAUUAUUUUUUUGUUCCACUGGAUGGAACUAUAUUCCAGAAUGUACUACUUCUCAUUUCGCGACAAAUCGGGACUGUCCCAUCUGCCAUCAAACCAUGAGAGAAACCGAUUUUAAGGAACUGAUGAUUGCACGGCCUCCCACACGCGACGAAGAAAAGCAGUCCAUACUCAAACAUAUUUUUGUCAAGGCCUCUUCGCGCUCUACAACGCUGCAUUUGGACGACCUCUGGAAGCGAAUCCAGAGACAAUCCCAGAUGCAUCGAGACGGGACCAAGUUUAUUCUUCGACAGUUUCUCCGGGAAAACGUCGCACAGACCCGUAAUUUUGUGCGGAUGCAAAACACGCUUCGGGGAAUGAAAAACGAACAAAGCAGCGUGAAACAAGAACUCAACAAGCAGAGGGAGGUUGCGGAAAGCUACAAAAAAGAGUUGCUGGUGGCAAGAGAAAAAAUAAGCGAGAAGGAUCGACAGCUAGCACACUUUCGGAAAAUCUUCGAAUCACGGACUCCUCAAUCUCCUAGUAGCAUUGUUAGCGGUGGCAGCCGCGGGAGGCGAAGCAUUGGAAGCUCUGGUCAAGAAUCGUCUCUCCUCCUGGGACACGACCGGUAUAUUGCUCCUAGAAGGCCAAGGCGUGUCAGUGAUCAAUACGAUCGAGGAACGACUACUACCGGGGUCGAAAACUUACAACGAUCAUCUUUUGGACAACACGACUACCGUAGGGCUGGACAAUAUACACCGCCGAACCCUUACGAACAACAAGUGGGCAGUAGAACUAGUGGCAGCAUCAUACCUCCUCCUCCAAUAAACCCAUACAACAAGCGAUCUUCUGAAGCUCUGUCACAACAAAGUCCCAACCGACCAGUGCCAAACAACAAUAAUUUCGCCGUGCGAAAUCCAUACCAAAAAACAAUGGGUCCCUCUGCCCCGUACCAUUCGCACCCCUCAGACAGCACGGGGCACCAUUCAGGCGCAAUGACGUUGAGCCAACCACCGCUCCAUCGGCAGCGAUACUCCACCGGGAGCAGUGGCGAAAGCGUUUCUUCCCGCCGGAGCAACGGAUCGGGGGGGAGUGGCGGACGGAUCCGGAACAUCACGGCAGCCACGGGGUAUUUCUUCUCGGGUGGUGCGCCGGCCCCUUCUGUCGAUGCCGGACGGAAACGCCCCCUCUCUCCCGGUGGCGCCUUUUCCGGGAACCGGGGUUCCGGCUCCUAUCGUCCCAAUUCGUGCUAUCGGCAGCAACACCGUGCCUCCGGGGGACCACCGAGUUAUCACCAACAGCGGCGAUACCAAGACGAACAACCGCAAUUUCUGCCGCGUCCACGAUCGCAGUCGCAAUCGGGGGAGAGGGAUGGCUAUCGGCGCUGAUGGAAUUGUUCCGCAGUGCUAGUUGCUGGUGAUUCCAUUCGAGCACGGUCCGACGCCAAACAAUUCGGGGUGGAAAGUCCUCCGUGUGACACAAAGCGAACUCCUAGGUCGGGAACAAGCAACAAUAUUGAAGGAAAAUGACGCGAAGAUUGCUCUUGUAAAUAAAAAGUGAGUAUGACU